CAUGUACUGUGUCGACUCUGCGGGCGCGUGCGACGAAGUUCAACACAGAGAGCCUCGGUUUCGAUGCAGAUAUGCACAGAUAGCACUAAUGUGAAAAUCCAUCUAUUGCAUACAUCAAGGAGAAAUGCUCAGAAGAACACCUGUCUCUUCUGAUGAGAUGUCUCUGAAAUUUGCCUAAGAGUGUUCAAAAACUCUUUUUUUUUUACCAUAUGCCAGAAAUGAGCUACUUUGGUAUUUAAAAAGGCAAGGCCAUUCAAGAACAGAAGCAAGCCUGAACAUGUUCAGCGCGUAAGAGUCAGUGUAUGACCGUGCUGAUUGGUCUGAGCCCGCGUAUGCAUGUUGCUGUUCUCAAUUUACCUUUGGCUGUCGGACAUGUUUUUCUUUUGGGCAUGUAUUGUUAGAAUAUCAAAGGGGCUCACUGCUCACUUCCAACACUCAACUGAUUCUCUUUUUGUCUUCUGUCAUGGAAUAGAAUUGGUAUUUUUUCGGACAUCUCCUUUAACACAGGGGAUGAGUUUCUCAUCCAUGAUUGAACAUGACGUACCAUCCGCAGGACAUUCGUAUGUGAACAUGAACAGGGCCAGAUUAAGUAUUCCGUUGAGUCAAGGUACCAGACAGUGAACGUGAUACAUAUUGUGGAGUGUGUUCAUGCACCAGUCCAGUGGGCUGACUCUACACAUCUUCGGGACUCCUCCUCACUAACCAUCGCUGUUGAUUGUAACUCUCACAUUGAGUUGGUGAAAAAAAUUUCCAAGAAUAAUGUGAAAGCCACAUUAGUUCUAAUGCAUGGGCAUGGGGGGGUGGCAAGUUUCUGUCGCUACCUAAAAAAUGACCAAAAAAAAGAAAUAUUGAAAACAGAGAUGAAAAGAGCUGAAAAGCUGAAAAUUGAUUUACAGACAGAGCAGACCUGGCACAGGUAUGUAUUGUCAAUUCUAACCAAUUAAACUAUCUGUGAAUAUUUGCCAAUUGGGGAAAGUAAUUGACAACAGCUGGAAUCCUGCAUGUAUUAUUAAAAAAAGUGCUUAUUUCACAUUCAUUGCAUUUAAUGUAGUUGGGGAACAUUAAGUUUAAUUUCAUACUCGGUAAAAAUGCAGUUUUGUGGAGAAUAAUCAAAACUGCUUGUAUCAAUUUUGACAAGAAAUAUAUCAUGUAUUAAAAUAGAAACAAUUGAAUAAAGUUUGGUUUGAUUUAGCAUUUUUGUGUCUUACUUUUGCCAAUGACGCAAAUAAUUGAAAAGGAAACUAUGAAACUCAUCAUGUAGAUUUUUUGAGUUCACUUGAAAAGUUUUUACUUUUUGAAUCAUGUCAUUUAAGUUGAAAUUGUAUUAUAUUUGUAAAUUUUUUUCGUGAUAUUGAGGAAAAACGAUUUACCAAAAUUGUUAAUAAAUUGUUCUGUCAAAUUUGAAGUAAUGCAGUGUCGAAUCUUUUUGUCACUCGAUAUUAAGUUGCAUUAUCCACCUUUUACAACUACAUGUAUCCAGUAUUUUAAUGCGUCCUAUUAUGGAAGCCGCUAGUAUAGUGGCAUUAUAAAUUUCCUCAUGGACGUGCACUACAUGCAAUUGUUUCAAGUCGUAGACGGAGUUUAGACAGGACCCUGAAACUUUUUUGCCAACGGCAUAAUGCGUUAUGUCUGUGGAGUGUAGACUUUGCCCACUAGAUAGACGGGCAUGUACUUGAGCAGGUAAAAUAACAGAAUGCGUUAAUUCACUGCAUGCUAUUUACUAUUUGUCUAGAGCGCCCUCUGUAGAUUGAUAUUUUCCACAUUUGAUGAUCAUGUCAGACACCCAGGCGUUUUAUGUUUAGUCAAGAACAUUUUGGUUACCUUCGUCUCCAGCCCGACUACUGAUGGCGCCAUCUACAAAACAGACACUGAGUAAAUCACCGGCUCGAAGUACAUGUACAUGUAAGUCGAUACCACGGGUUACCACAAAAUCACUGAAAAAUGACUGUUUCGAGAAUCAAAGUCAGUGACAUCAUUGACAGUGAUUAAGAAAGAAAACGGUUGCCAGUUCAUCAUGAUCAUGGAAUAAGCUGUGAUUACCCAGACAUUGCCGUGAUGCUGACAUUCAAGUUAUGAUGGUGGUCAGGUGGAUUUGCAGGCAGCAUGUUGAUUUUUGCAUGUUUGUUGAUUGGAUUGGAGUGGGGAGUGCACAUGGUCAGUGAUGGUGGAACAGAAGGUAUGUACAUCGGCCGUCAAUGAAUGCGAGUGAUGAAUGAACUUCAGCAAACAGCAUCCCAUCCCAGAGGAGUCUGUCGAAGGAAUUCUUCAAUCCAUGGUACAAUGAACCCCGGGCCUCUUUGGAAACAGCAGCAUCCAAAGUCCAGUCGACGACUGUUGUUCAAGGAAAACAUGUCUCCCAGAUCAAAAACUUUGGGAAAAGUUGGCAUUGGUAGGGCCGACCGUUCAAAGGAGCCUUCGCGAAACAAGUUGCCCCAGGUACAGGAAAAUGUGUCGUUACAGCCCACUGGAAACCUGACUGGAAACCAAAAACUUGUUGUUUCACACACUUCCAAAGAAAACAACCUCAGUGCUUCAAGGGUAAGGAAUUUACCCAUGAAGGGACUCCGAACACAUCUUAGUGAAGUGGAUUUUGCCAAGCAGAUUAAACACAGGGCGGCAACCAUGAAAGACACUGUUAAGAGAAGUGUCCAGAAUAAUGUUACAUGCCCGAGUGGCAACCUUUUGGCCAAGAAAUCCCCUGCGAAAGAAAUCAUCAUUUCUUUGAAAGGAUUAGGGAACAUUUCAGAUAUUGAAAUGGAUCACAGACCCGUUCCAGUAGACAGUCAUUUGAUCUCAAACAAUUACAGAUCGGAACGUAAAGUUCAGGAUAACAUGGCUUAUGACAGGACUUUCACAGACUGCCGUGAAGAUGAAGUCACGCUAGUUGGUAUGACAGAUAAGCUGUUGGCAGUAGUGCCAGCACUGGCUGGAACUGGUUGGAACUGCUUUGAAGCAGAUCAGUCCGGUUUGAUGAACAGGCAGCGGGGUGAGAAUUCCAGGCUGUCGAAGAACUUCCGUCUGACGGUCCAAGACAAUGUCCUUUGUAAACUCUCCGUUCAGAAUGGUGAGGGGUCUGGUUCUGAGCCCUCAAAUUCGAUUUUGACCACAAAACUCGAAGAAAAUGAGGAAUCCAGCGGGAUGGAACCAGCAGGAUCUGAUUCUGACCAGGUCUCUCUAGCUGAGGAAAGCCACACCAUAGAAGCAGACAACACUGCAGAAGCUGGUAGCCAGGACUCUGGUAGCCAGGACUCUGAUGAACAGGAGCUUACUAGAACUCCAGAGCAAUGGCUAGUCGAACCUCUCCAAAGGCUCUCCCUCGGAAUCGGUACUGACCAAUCGGAUUGCUUGCAGGAGAGCAAAGGAAUUUUGGGUACCCAUAGCCCAGGCCUGCUUGCUUUGGAUAUGUCCCAGUUCCGUGCCCGCACAGGAGUGCCUUCACGAUACCCCAAGGAGUGCCUGCCUUCAGUGCAUCGUGAGGAGGAGUCGGUCAUGCAUAGCCCAGUGCCACUGUCAGACGAUCCAUACUUCUUCACAUCACCGCACCACCAGCCACUACAAGACGAUCACACCCUGCACCAUGGCUUGAAUGGGCUAAGUAUCGAAGCAACCAAUUUGUCACACACAGGAAACCACCAGUUCCGGCAGAAACUAAGCUUCUACGCAACCAGAGGUGACCAUCAGUUUGACUCAUCCACAGAUUCCCCACAUCUUGAUGAUCAACACUGGCCAGACACUGCACCCAUCACACAGCCGGACAGCUCUGGGUCUGCACUGGAUGAGAAUUCAGAGACUGAACCAAACUUCUCCACAGCGGAUUACUCUGACAAGUGGUAUUCAUCAGCGGCCCCCAAUGGUUGGGUUGAAGUACCAGUUCACAGUCCAACCAGCCUUUACAGUCAAAUAACAAACCCUGCAAAACUUCUAGUGGAAGUAACGUCAGUGCCACAAUGCAACCUUGACUUUUAUGGGUCUGAGCCGUUAAGCUUGUACGGUCACAAAUUCAAUUCCCUCCCAGCUGAAAUGGAACCUUACAGUGUUCUCGAAUCGGACAAAAACCAGCCUACCUCAAGACAUGUAAGAAAUGCGGACACCGGGGAUACAGAUUUUAACUUGCCUUUCACAAGGGCUACCAUAAAUAGUACUCACCAGUUCUCAAGUAAACGUUUGGCUCAUCCUAAUACUCAAAGCUUUGGUUCAUUGGAUAUUUCUCAGCCUGGGGAUCCUGACCUUCGUGAACUGGACCAGUUGGACGACGCAGACUUGUACAGGUUUUCCGAGGCUGACGAGUUUGUCCACUCCAAUCCCACGGAAGGCCUGUAUGCACAAUUCACCCCCAGAAAAGGAGAUGAGAAUCGCAGGGUGAGAAGGACAUCAAAGAAGCCCAGAACUAAUGAAACAGGGAAAAAACUGGACGAGGAAAAAGAUGCAGAAGAGCAAGACAAGGAUAAAGACUCGCAGCAGCUGGGAACUGGAAAGGAGCCUGCAAAGAACUGGAAUAAUAACAACGUUGCCACUGACGAGCAAUAUCAUUCACAAGUUGAAAGACAUUCGAUGGGAUAUAAACACAGAGUACGUCAGCAGAAUUCCAGCAGAAGUCCUCAUGGAUAUAUUGCGCCCUCUGACAAUGAGCAUAAAGUUUUGCUGUCAUCUGACAGGUUAGCAGGCGGAUAUUCCCCGGAGUUGAGUGCAAACUCUUCCCACAACUACCAAAUAGCAACUUCACUAGUCGGGCAUCCUACCAGAUUGACCUCUCGGUCAAUUCUUCCCAGUGAAGGCAGUGGUGAGGCAGUUCAUUCUUCCCUUUUGCGAGAGAGAAUGGACAGAAGUUUACAGUCCAGCAUAUCACUGUCGCCGUCCACAGUAACUGUUGACACAGCUGUACUUCACACAAAGCUGCAAUACAAUUUGCAGUCUGGUGGUCAUUUGUUGUUGCAAAGUGGCAUGCACGAUCCCACUCCUGACACCAAAAUCUCUCCGCUGAGGCAUUCCUAUCCUGGAAGUCCAGGAGUUGGACUAACAAUUGAUGACCUGAACCUUAGUGUGUCUCCCAUUGACCUGAAGCCAAGGAAGUUUCUAAACUCAAGUAGGAGCAGAGUAGAAAAUCAAGGCAGAUUUCCAGCUGUGAACAAAAGGCGUAAGGACAAGAACGAGAUACCCACUCGUGAACAUGCAUCAGGGAAAUCAAGUCUGAGUGAAGCUGUCCGUUCUAAACAAAGCAAGAAUUACAUGUACAUGUACGUGGACCAAAGUUCAAGCAGAACACAACAUAGAAACACUGAAAGUGCUCAACAGAGAACCAAGACCAAAAGCAAUCUUCAACAUUUGGCUAGAGUCCCUAAACCUCUGAAGUCUGAGGGUGUUCCUAAGAAAAGGCAUACAAUGACAGCUUCAACAGCACCAGAAAGCCCCUUGACCUUAUCAAGCAGCACCAGCCCACGCCGAACCUUCUCCAUUCUCUGGGCUUUCAAGAUAUUGGACAUCCUUCACAGCGCACCGCCAGAUAUGCAGGAAGAACUUGUCACCAAGCUAUACUGGUUCCGACGAUGGCACAGGAAUGUUCGUCUGAUCAGGGUACAAAAGGAAGAAAGAAAGGAGCAAUGGAAUAGAGCUGUGUCACACUGCCGUCACCGGCUGUUGGCGAGAUGCGUCCGUACCUGGAGGUUGGCUCCACUUAGCCACAAGAGGGCAGCAGACCACCUCCGGGCAGUCCACCUGCUGCGGAAGGGAGUGCAUGGGCUUUGGUGGGCCGUAUCGCAGAGCAGACAAGAGAUAGAGGGCGCUGUUGAAAGAUAUGAAAAGAGGGUGAAGUGUCGUCACUUUGCCGUUUGGCGUGACCUGUGUCAGGUACGCACUGAGCGUGCCCAGUUACUGGAGAAGCUUGCGGCCAAACGCUCCAUCACGGUGAUUUUUCAGACGUGGAAGGAGCGAUACAACUUUGCACAGAAGGAUGGCAUUGCAAGGCUUCACUACAAGGUCAGUCUCCUCACGCGGGGUCUCCAGCGCUGGAAACUGUUUACAAGCCAGUCGAAGGUCAGAGGCUACCGUGAUGAGAUGAGCCGGGUGCACCAUGAGGAGAUGACAGUCAGGAAGGCGUGGUGCACCAUUAAGGCGGUGUAUGCACAAACACAGAAGGCGCACAGUCACUACAGUCACAAGCUUCUGUCUGCUGUUCUGCGUACCUGGGUAAGAGGCAGCCAGCUGGCCAAGGCUGAGCGACACCACCAGCACAGCCAGGCCUUGGAGCUGAGGCGGUGCGGACUAGUGAGGGUGCACUUCAAGCGUUGGAAGGAGGAGUUGUUUGUAAUGCAGCUGCGGAAGAGGCUGGAUACAGUGCGAAAAAGGUAUGUCUGGGACCUGUGGACCCUGCGUCUGCAGCGGCAACAGCUCUACCGUCAGAUCAUGGAGUCACAGGCUCGCAAGGUUGCCAAGCAGCGCAUCUUCACCAGGUGGAUGCAAGUUGCCAGGCGACAGAAGGAAGCGGCAGAAAGAGCCGCAGCCAUGCUGAGGAGGACAUAUCUCCAGAUGGUGUUUGGAAACUGGAGGAGCUACGUGAACAAGGCUCAAAAACUGAGGAGCACCCUGUCAGCCAUCACCAGUGAUGUUCACCUCAGGAGCAAGCAGCGCACGCUGCAGACAUGGACCUCCAGACUGAGGGACUGUCUGGCUAGGCAGGCUGCACAGAGAGCCUGGUCCAAAAAUUGUGUCCUCAGGGCGGUCAGCAAAUGGAAGGAAAGGGUCCGGCGCAGACAAAUGGAAGAGAGAUUGGAGCAGUUCCGGCCCGUCCAUGACGAACACAUGAAAAGAGAUGCCUUUAGGAGGUGGGUGCGUGAAUUCCGCCUGGCUCUCCAAGACCACCAGAGGGCGCUCUCAGCUCAGCACAAGCUCCUGCGGAACCAGCUGCUGCGGCUCUUGUUGUCAUGGCAACUCCUAGUGAAAGAGUCGAAAACCAUCGCUCCGCUAUUGGAGAGGAGAGACCUGAAACAGCUGACAAAUUCGUUUGACGCUUGGCGAGAGGUAGUCUUUCGGAAGAGAACUUGCAAGAAAUACCAGGCUCUGCAACUCAGUCGCUCUCUUGGCAGUGCUUUCAAGACGUGGAGGGAGCAAGUUGUGUCCAGGAAGGAGCUAGUCUCCAUCCAGGAGUCGUUGAUGGCCUCCAAGCUAACCAGGGCCUUCCUGGGCUGGAAAGCAGCUAUCCAAUGGCAAGUCAGCUUGAAGGCAUUCCUGAGGCAGCGGCAAGAGGCAAUGGUAAGACGGAUCUUUGAAGGCUGGCGAAAGACAGCUGAGGAAGAAAUGUUGCUGCUAGAAGUGGAACAAGGGGGCAAGAUGAGGGAUGUUCUCCUGAAGACGCUUCUUUUCAAGAAGUGGUCCAAAAGUACCCGUCAGCAGAAAGUCAUUGAGGCUAGUCUGGUGUCUGACCAAAGAAUGAGAAGGCGUGCUAGAACGAUCAGGGCAGCGUACAAGCAGUGGAAGAGGCAGUUCUUAGUCCAGAUCAUUGCCAGGGAUGCACAAGCUGACAAGGAUGGAAGGUUAUUGCACCGUGUCUUCCUGGCGUGGCACCAGGAAACCAGGUCCACUUACGAGCAGCUGACGGAGAGGUUUCAGCUGGCCUACGAUGCUAUGAGCUCGAGCUUCCCAAGCGAUGGAGUCAGUCCAAAGUCGACCCUUGCCGCCCUGACCCUUGACCUGCCCCAGUCUCUCAGCAGCAGCAGUGGUGGAUCGCAGGGCCUGCCCGCUCACCUCUCGACGGCGGACAGCGGGUAUGGGAACGGAUUGGCGCCGCUGCAGCAAGAAGGCCAUUCUUGUCAGGAGACACCGCGCUCCCAAGGGGGCAUCCUCGACAAAGGCAGGAGCAGUGGUCCACAGGAUGAGAACUUUCAACUGGAGACCGGGCGUGGCCAGGUACCACCUCCCCAGCUGAAUCGGUAUCGAGGGGCUUUGGGAGCUACCCGUGACAUUGUGUUAUCUUCUGAUGAUGACUUGUACCCAGAUGAGCUUCCUCAACAAGUUGGAAGUCCAAGAUUUAGGGAGCAGCAACACCACUUGAAACCACGCCGUCUCCUUACACAACUAAGCUCUUCAAAAUUUGACACCCAACCCAAGUCAGCCAGCGGUCUGCAGGCACCUGUCUCCGGCCAUCCAAUCUCCUUUCUGCGAAGGCGCGCCAGUCUGGAUCAGAACAUCCUUAGCAGGCCCCAAGCUGAUCACAGACAUCCAAUGAACACAACGACAUCCAGUGGUGCAUGGGGCAGUGCUCGGAGUGCUAGCAUGGACCAGGGUCUUCUGUCGUCGCCCGCUGUUAUCAGACACCUGCGGAAUGUCCACAGGAAAUCGCAGACCGAAAAUCCCAUGCUGUUCUCCUGGGAAGAAGCACCAGCAGUGGGCUCCGAUUCUGGCGUACAUGAUCCCCCGCUCUCAAAAAGUUCCAGCCAGACCACCUCUUCGCAACCUCAAAGACUUCAAACUCCCAAGAAACAUAGAAGUGCACAACUCCAGUUAAGCACAAGUCCAUCUUCACAUGCUUUUCUACCACUACAAGGCUCACUGUCAUCGCCAUCUCAUACCCCUGGUUCAGCGUCGCCACGAUCCCCAGACCUCUCCAAGUCCCUCUCUCCUCUAAGUCCAAGAAGCCGCAUGCAUUUUGCCCUGUCCGAAGGGCAAUCUCAGACCAUCUCGGACAGUCGCCACUCGUCCAUCUCAGAAUCCAGCAGCACCGGACCGGGCAGUACCCACAGCAGCAGUUACUACAUGCAGCUGGUUGGGUGUGACCAGAGCCAGUCUGGGACUGCGUCAGAGUACGCGCCCAGCGUGUUCUCAGACGGUGCACCUCCAGUCAGUCCAAGGCUGGACCAAAGGACCUACCUGAGGUCCAUCAUCCUUCACUGGCGACUCUGGCCGGCCAGCGCGGCCUUCAACCAGUGGCUGGACUACGUUCGCUACCGUAAGAACCUGCGAGAGAUAUCCGAACAAGCUGACUGGGUGUUCCACCAGGUUAGACUCAGGCGCGCCCUUGCGACGUGGCAGAGAAGAUGCUAUGUGGAGAGGCUGGCCAGAAACCAUUGGGAAAUGAGGACCAAAGCAAUCCACCUCAUGACAUGGAUGCAGCACAGUCAAGACCACAAGAGGUGUAGCAGGCAGAAGGUUGCAGCAGACAGCAUGGCCUGUGGGAAACGACUCGCAUCAGCAUUCCACUUCUGGAAGACAAAGUACAAGAAACACAAGGCGGUCUUGAGCAUCGUCCACAACUGGAAGGGCUACGUCCAGCAGACGGUGGACCUGGAGGACCGCACCAAGGACCUCCGACACCAGAUACAGCGACGGACGGCGCGGGAGUGCUUCAGGUCAUGGAAACUACGGACCUGGCAGAUACUGGAAGUGAAAGCACACCGCAAUCGAGUGAUCACAAAGAGAUGCCUUGUCGCCUGGGCAGUAUGGAGCAGAGAAGCCACAGCCAGGAGAGAGAAGUUGCAGUCAUUCCAGACCAGGAGAAUUAAGCUGUUGGUGUUUCACUGCUGGCAAUCUCAUUUGACAAAACUCCAAGCUGCCCGGGGGUUCCACCACCGGGCUACCGCAGCCCGUCUUAGGAACAUUGUCAGGACGUGGAGCACCUACAUUGCCAGCAAGCAGCAACUGGAGGCGACCGCUGCUCGGAUGAUCCACGGACGAGAGGAGAGAAUGGUCGUGGAGGCUUGGAAGUCGUGGAAGAGGCAGGUGCAGCGACGGCAGCAGAUGAAGCAGCUGUACCUCACCAACUUGGCCAGAAGACACCUGUUAGCCUGGCACAUUCACGCGUCCCGCCAACAAACCCUGAACGUCGCCAGCGCAGUCGCCAAGGACAGGAGGAACACCAGCCUGUUGCAGAACUCGCUGCAGGCGUGGCGUCGAGCACGUUGCGCCAGUCAGCUGGCCUGCCAGAUGCAGGCCAGGCUUGGAGAUAAGCUGAUCAGAAAGGCAUUUUGGGAUUGGAGGAAGUACACGAGGCAUUGCCGCUGUGAGAAGUACGGUCAGAUGAGGCUGCUGAAGUUGGCCCUCCAUAAGUGGCGGUCUCGCUGUGUGAAGCAAAAGUCUUCAAGACAGACUGUACUCAGGGUGGCCCAUCACUGGAGGAAACAAGCACAGCGAUCAAAAGACCUUGACCAGUCACUGGACUCCUACCUCGCCCGACGGGAUGCCAUGAAACGCAGGCAGGCAUUGGAGGCCUGGAUGUUGGCUUGGCAACAGCAGAGGCGUGCAGUGGCCCACCACAGUAGCGUAGCACUCGGAAGGUGUCUGAGUGCCUGGUGCACGUUUGCUUCCAAUCGGAGACAAAGGCAGACCGCACUCCAGCUCUGGCAAAACAACAAAUGCAGGAAAAUGCUGUCUGCAUCCUUUGAGAAAUGGAGGAAAAACCACCGGCGCUGCUUAGAACUGGAGACCAGAAUGGCUGGAUUCCACCAACAGAGGGCAGCAGAGCUGCUGGCUGCAGUGGUGCGAGCCUGGCAUCAUGUGACCAUGGAAGGCGUGGCAGUGCGGCGACACAACAGGGCAAUUCAGGCCAAGGCCUGGCAGCAUUGGCAAAAAGCGUUGAGCAAUACCCAGGCUGCUAUGCAGGUUGCUGAGACGAGGCAGACUCAAGUAAACCAUGCCAUCUUCCGAGCUCUUCGAGACUGGUGUCGAGCCAGGAGAGCUCAGAAGGAGUUGCAGCAUUUGGUAGCGGCCCGUCACAGGUUACACACCCUAAAAGCGAUGUUUGCACAAUGGAAGACUGAAGCAUCAAAAAAAUCAAGGGCCAAAGCACAUGCUGAUCAAGUCCUUCAAAGCAAAGUGCUGCACAAAUGGGCUGUUGUGGUUCAGCGAAACAUCACCCUGCGAGUUUUAUCACAGACCUCUCAGAGGGCGUGCAGCAGGCUGAGGCAGAAGGCUGCCUUUUGGGUCUGGGCCAGCCAGCUGCGCCGAACCCAGCUCCUCCGUGACCGCCUGGAGGGUGCCCUCGAGAGGCGACACCAGGCCACACUGGGCCGGCAUUUCAUGGAGUGGAGGCAGACGGCCCUGGCCAGCCGUGCAGCCCGACACCGAGACAGUGUGCUGCUGAAGCAGGGAUGGUCAGUCUGGAGACGCAGAGCGACAGAGAGAGUCCUGGAGAGGCAGUUCGAGGAGGACAUGGGGGAACUGGCAGAUGCCCACUACAACAAACACAUCAGCAAGAUGGUGUUGAGCUCCUGGUUGACGGAGGCCAGGGUGGGCAGACUGAGGCGGAAACGCAGCCGCAGACUGGCAAAGAAGUACGCCCUCAUCUGGAAGAACGGCUCCCGGAUGGCCCACACCGCAUCGGCCUUGGAUGUGUAUUCGUCCAUGCGGAAAGUCUGGGUGGUCUGGAGACGACGCAUGAUUCAGAGCCUGAUGUCCAAGACAAUGCAGCAACACAGCGAUCGACAGCUAAGGGAGCAGUCCUUCAGGGCGUGGCGUAUGCAGGCCGCGCCUGCCAACAAUGGCCUGCGACGGGACCUCCUGAAUUGGCGACUGCACGCUGCCUUCCGGGUGUGGCGUGAGCGCACGCAGGGCGCCGACAACGACCAGUCCUGCAGUUCCAGUCUCAGCAACCACUCCUCCUCGGCUGGCUACACCAGCUCGUCGGGGGCCAGCGAGCUGGCGGGGAUCUGGAACAAUGCACAGAGAGGCAGAAUGGUCGGUGGGGAGGGUGGGACAGCCCCACAGUGACUCCCUUUAGGAGGGACUCCUUUACCAGGGGAGGGACUCCCUUAUCAGGGGAGGGACAUUGUGUGCCUUUAGUCCAUCGGCCGCAUCCUAGGCAGCUAUUAGGCUUCUCUAGGCCUGAUUGCACAGAAAAGAGUACGGAUGACUUCAACUAGACCCAUCAAGAGAAUGACAACAAUGACACAGUUGCCAGCAUAAACCUCAACUCUGGACAGAUUAUUAAAGCCGGAGAUUCACAAAACUUUGAGAAAGUGUUACCUCAGUCUGAUACAGCUGAAAAUUAUUUUUAUUUGGUAUUCAUUUUAUCCUUAAUAAGUGUGUAAUAUUUGCUGUUAUACUUCUUUUAUGGUGUCUACUUUUUUUACCCAAUAUUUGUUCUUAAGCUACUGCAGUUGAUAACCUCUAGAUGUGGACAUAGAGAUUCCAGAAGGUAAUCUCUUAAAGAGAUUACCUUUUGUAUGAAAAACCCUGAUCUAAAGGUCUUAUUAGUGUGCUGUUCAAGCAUAUUGUGAGAAAUGAGUUUUUGUAUUUGGCCUAUGCUGAGAAGUGCAAUAGUCUGGUUAGAGCAAAGACCUCUAUGCAAAUGUAUCUGUAACAAAAUACAGAUUUUCGUACCCGCAUUUCAAAGUAAACAGGGUUCCUGCGGCCUGGAAAAGUCAUGGAAAUUUGUUUUCGUUUUCCAGGCCUGGAAAAGUCAUGGAAGUUUUUAAACAAUGUGUGGGAUUUCUAUUAUCAAAAAUAAGUGCAUAAAUUGUGUGAUUUUAUUCGCAACUUAAAGGUCUAAAUAGUCCAAGAAAUUGCUUUAUUGGGUCAUGGAUUUUCAUAAUUUGGUCAUGGGAAAAGUCAUGGAAUUUAAUUGUCCUUUAGGCGCAGGAACCCUGUGUAAACCUUCAGUUAUUGUUAUAAAUCUCAGCUAUAAUGAACUCCUUCUAUUUAUACAAGUAGCAUUUAUGAACAAUUCUGCUGUGGAAUCGAAGACAUCUGUGUAUAAUUACAAUACUACAAAAUCACAGUACUUCACUACCGGGCAACUACCGAAACGCCUUGGUGGGAAAAAUAGUCUUGGACUCGGAGUAAAACUUUAACCCCUCUAUGCUUGAAACAAGUGACGGAGUACAGGUUUUUUCGUCAUACCCCUUCCCCUUUUUUAUAAUGCAUCUGACUGAGAAAGUAAAGUAUGUAGUUAUGUCUGACAGAAUUUUGGCCCAAGUGGAUUCCUUUCAGACCUCCAAGCAUUAUACCUCCCUAUCUGGUGUUCAGUCAUACUUUUCUGUCACAAGUGUCGCUCUUUGUGGUUUAACUUGGAAACACUGUUAGGAUGUUUUCCUAUCCCCCACCUCCACGCUGUUUGUACAUGCAUGUAUAUGGUUUAUUUGUGGCCCCUUUUUUGAGUACUUUAAGUGUUCGCAUCAACUUCAAAGUUUCCGUGUGUGGGGAUCCUCGCUGCGACCCGCGGAAGAAGUUUGCCAAAUAGUAAGGUCAUAAUAAUCUGGCCAAUUCCUAUUUGGCUCAUACUGAAACUAAGCACUUACAUGUACAUAUAGAAACAUCGUCCUGUUUAUUUCAUUGCAUUUUAGUGACUUCUUUGUUGAUAGAUAUGAACACCUGAUCCCACUACCCACCACUGUUAAACACAUGAGGCUUUCACUGAGAAAUAACCCUGUUCGGAAUAGGGCCGAAAUGUUCAUGUAUCAUGGUGUUUCAAUAAAAUAACACAUUUGAA